GGAGUGGUAGGCGAAAAGGGGAAAUUUUCAACAAUGACUUCAUUAACAUGAUGCCCUGAACAUGACCAGUACAACUUUACGACUCCAUUACAACGCUGGAUAUAUGACUUUUUCCCCGUUGGAUUUAUAUUCUUGAAAUAUCUGUAUGUGUCUGAUUCUACAUCAAUUCUCGGGGGUAACAUGGAAGUGUGCUAAAGUUCCCUCCAUCCAAGACUUCAGACACGAGAAGCAUGUUGAUCACAAAGAUUGAAGCCAAGGAGGCCUGCGAUUGGCUGCAAGCGGCCGGCUUCCCUCAGUAUGUGCAAUUAUUCAAAGACUGCAGGUUCCCCGUUGACAUCGAGUGGGCGAAGCGGGAUCACGACUUCCUGGAUAAGGAUGCCCUCGACUCCCUCUGCAGGAGAUUAAGCACUUUAAACAAAUGCGUGGAGAUGAGGCUGGAGUCCCGGAGAUCAAAACGCAGGGGAGACGACUGUGGCGAAGAAGACUUCUGCGCCAUCAGCCCCAACUGGACCUACGACAGGCGGACGCGGCGAUGGCGGCGCCUCGACUCCCCGAUGGACGUCCUUCGCUUGUCCGACAGCCCCACCGGACCCCGGGAUGUGUCUCUGUGCGAGGUCUCCGACCGCCACGACGUCUGCUCCAUCCACAGCUCCAGCAGCACCGAGAGCGAAGGCCACAACGGACGCCACAAGAGUCGCGGGGAUGGCGCCGAAACCACAACCACAACCGCAGCCGCAUCCAUCGGUGCGACCACCAGCACCACAGACGACCAGGAGACCAGCAGGAGCUCCUCCCGCUGCUCCUCCGCCAACAAGACGCCUCCUCUGGAAGCCUCGUUCAGUGGACCCCCCUCACCUGGGGGAAGUGGUGGAGGAUCGUCCACCGUGAGUCUGGAGGCCGAGGGCUGCUUCCCAGACAAACCGCCCAGGAAGAAGGGCACCAGUCUGCUGAGGAAGAUGGAGAAACUGAGGCUGCGGGGAACGACUGGCCUGCUCGCUUCUGCUCACGGUGGCGGUGGAGAUGACAGGAGUCGGGCACGGCACGUUGGCAGCGGGCCGGUUCAGGUCCAGGACCAGGACCACGAGAGGAUGGAGAGGCUGCACGGCCCGUCAAGCCUGCAGGGUCGACCCAACAGCCGGGCGUCUUCCUUGCCCUCGUCUCCUCAAACCAUCAGCAGCAGCAGCAGUAACAGCCACUCGGAGAGCAGCAGCACCGUCAGCACGCCCAGCCCGGUCGCCCGGGUCAGGGCCAACUGCAAACGCUCCAACAGCGGGGUCGGAGUCGUUGGUGGAACGACCCGGAACAACCAGAACCACACAGGAUCGGAGGACUACAGGAACCAGAUCAACAACAACAACAGCAACACCAGCAGCAGCAGCAGUGAUGGUCUGGUCUUCCAGAUCCCCCACGGACACAAACCAGGGACCUUCCCCACCUCUCUCGCACACAAACACACCAUCCUGUCCCCCAUCAUUGACAACACCUCAGUCAACUGGAGGACCGGGAGCUUCCACGGUUACCGCGGAAAGCGAGACCACUGUCCACGCGGCACGUCAUCGCUGGCCACUGGUGACCAGGACCCCUCGUCGUCGUCUUCUUCCUGUGACGUCGGAGUCCCCAGUCCGCUUCGUGUGCUGGAUCAUCGGAUGAGUAUCUACGACAACGUGCCCGACGACCAGCAGCUGUCUGAAAGCGAGGGCGGCAGUGGCGGAAGUGGCAGCGAUGCAGAACGGAUGGGUGAGGAGUCAGAGGUGAGUCGAUUGUUGGCAGGGGAAGACGUUUUCUCGGCUCUGGACAGCGUUCUGGAGCGGAUCGGCGACCUCCAACAACUCGUCUCCACCUGGUCCGAAAACCUAUCUGAGGACGACAGUCAGAGAGGUUCCUCCUCCUCCUCGCCUUCCUCUCCUUUCUCCCAGGACUCGCCUGCUCACAGCUCAUCAGCCGCCUCCCCCUGCCCCUCCUCCCCCAGCCACAUCCACCUGGACGUGCAGCACCCGGAGGAGACGGAAGAGGAAGAGGAGGAUGAGGAGGUGAAGAGUCAUGAGGAGGUAACCGUGAACGGAGAGGAGCCAAAGACCAGAUCAACAACACCCAGGAACAGCAGAGUGAGCCAGCAGCUGCGAUGGUCCAGCGAGCAGAGCCUGCCCUCCCUGCUUACCAGUUCAGGAGUGGAGAACCAGUCUGUGUCCCAGUUCCUCCUGCUGCAGAAACACUCCCUGCUCAAACUCACCGCUCUGAUGGACAAGUACUCACCGUCCAGCAAGCAGGGCUGGAACUGGACUGUUCCCAAGUCGCCGAGGAAGACCAAGGUGAUGGAGGUGAAAGGCCGGCGAGUUUUUGGGGUUCCUCUGCUCCUCAGCGUCCAGCAGACAGGAGAGCCACUUCCUCCCAGCAUCCUCAGAGCACUGGUCUACCUGAGGGCUGAGUGUUUGGACCAGGUGGGUCUUUUCCGUAAGUCCGGGGUGAAGUCUCGUAUCCAGUACCUCCGCGAGCUGGUGGAGUCGGACCCAGGCGGCGUUUCGUUCGAGGGUCAGUCUGCCUUUGACGUGGCAGACAUGGUGAAGCAGUACUUCAGAGACCUGCCCGAACCCAUCUUCACCAGCAAACUCAGCGAGUCCUUCCUCCACAUUUACCAAUAUUUUCCCAAGGAUCAGCAGCUAGUUGCUGCUCAGGCGGCCAUCCUGCUGCUUCCUGACGAGAACAGGGUGGCCCUGCAAACGCUGCUGUUCUUCCUGCGGGACGUUGUGGCCUGCGUGGAUGAGAACCAAAUGACUCCAACCAACAUUGCGGUUUGCCUGGCGCCGUCGCUGUUCCACCUCAACACCCUGAAGAGAGACGCUAACACAGCCAGGUCGAGUCAUAGGAAGUACAGCCUGGGCCGCCCAGACCAGCGGGACCUGAGUGAGAACCUGGCUGCCACCCAGGGCCUGGCCAACAUGAUCACCGAGGCCCAGAGACUCUUCCAGCUUCCAGAUUUUUGGCCCGGUCAGCAUUCUGGUGAGGAAGGAGGCGGCCCAGUGUCCCCCGGUCAGAGCGUAGGUCAGGAGGAGCAGGAGGAAAGGAGGAGCAAGCUGCAGCUGAGCACCCAGCACCUCCUGACGGAGGCCAGGGAGAAGAGCCGAUGCUGGGAGAGCCACGUGGCGCCAGAACAUGUGGAGCUGGCCUUCAAAAAGAUGGAUGACGGCUGCCCGCUGUGGAUGUGGCGCGGCUCCGCCGAGGUGGACGCCCCCCAGAAGGAGCUGCUACACCGGCUGCUACGAGAGCAGGAGCUGUGGGAGGGAAGCCUGCGCCACGCCGCUGUCAUCCAGACCUUGUCCAAGGACACAGAAGUCUACCGCUACCUCCUCCAGGGCCACGGCCUGGGCUUCCGGCCCCCGCAGGAGCAUCUGCUGCUCAGGACCUGGCAGGCAGACCCGUCCGCCGGCCCCCUGUACCUGUCCUCUGUGUCCACGGAGCACCCUGAGGUGCUGUCGGAGGGGGUUAGGGCCCACGUCUACUCCUGCCUCUACCUGCUGGAGCCCACCGGAGCCAGGAAGACCCGACUCACGCACCUCUGUCGAACAGACACCAGGGGCCGGUCGCAGGAGUGGCACAGCAAAGUGAGCGGACACCUUCUGGCCUCCGGUCUCCUGGCCAUCAGGGACUCCUUCAGAGCGGAACACAAAGAGACCAAGAUAUGAGAUCAUCAGUGCCGACGUUUGGAAGCUGAGGAGCGAUUUACAGAUGCUGCCAGUACUGCACUGAUUGUGCAGUACUGGCAGAAAUGAGACGACGGCAUCUUUUUUUUGUUUCACAGGACUUUCUCUGAAGUUUGAAAAGUGAAACUGGUGGCCCAGAGCACAGCGAGCGGGGAAGGUGACCUACGAGGGCUUCCCCUGAACCACGCGUGUCUCUUUGGCUUCUUUUCCAGUUGCUGUAUGAGUUUUGGGUUGUUUUUUUUUGUCAGUGACCUUGCAGAUUGCCAGCAGCACCUCUGCACUCCCUGGCACGUCUGCAACGCUUCACACUCAAAAGUUCAUAGAAAAAAAAAUGCAAACCCUGGCGAGCUUUGACAAUGAUGAAACACAGUCCUGAUUUGACUUCUUACUGAGGAAACCGGGCGAGAUGGAGCAUGUGGAACUGACAGGGCUCCAGACUAAGUAGUUUUACCAGGAGCACUGUAGCCACCAACUGAAAAUGUUUGCAAAAAUUCAGCAGCGCACACCUUUCAAAUCGACCCGCAGCUCGAUUUUUCACGGUUUUUGUCUCAUGUAGUGCAGCAGCUACAGUUUGUGGCGUUGUUGUUUUUGCUAAAUCUAAGCCAUGUUAAACUCCCUCGGAAAAAAAAAUCUUGUGUGUUCUUGCCUUUUUUUGCAGCCACGGCCUCUUCCGACUAACUCGCCGACGUCUGCGGCCGUAGAUGAAAAAAAAAACCUGUGUUCGAUGGUUUGUUUUCCACGGUUGACUUUGACUUUUUUUACGAUGAAAGCGAGACACACGAGUGUAGAUUACGUUACCCACGCAGUUCCUAUUUCGUUUUCAGAAUGAAAUAAAUAAAAAUGUAAAAAAGUUGCAAGUCGCACACACGCCAGUAGUUGACAAAAAUAAUACUCUCAUUGUCUCAGUCGCAGUCUGGAGCCCUGACUGACAUUUGAACUUGACUAAAACAUGUCAUUGGCUUCAGUGGAAAGGGAAGAGAAGAGAGAAGUGGAUGCUGAGAAGGCAGGAGGGGCCACAGCAUCCGUACUAAACCCCUUAACAAAGCAACAGCUGGCCAGUGCAGCCACUAGGGCUGGGACAAUGUAAAUGCACUGUUUUUUUUUUUUUUUAUAUAUAUAUAUAGCACUUUUCUAGUCUAACGACUACUCAAAGUGCUUUAACAUAGUACAGGAACCAUUCACCAUUCACCGAGGCACAUUCACGCUCCCAUGGCGCAAUACAGGGUUCAGUGUCUUGCCCAAGGAAACUUUGACAUGGGACUGCAGGGCCGGGUAUCAAACCACCAAUCUACCGCUCUACCACUGAGCCACAGCCGCCCCGAUAUGCUUUUGUCCCGAUUCUAUUCUAUCAAGAUACAUGGGCGCCGAUACUAUAUUUAUUCUUUUGCGAUUCGAGAGGUUUUGCGAUUUGAUAGUAUCGAGAAUCGCGAUUUUCUUUACCUUCUUUAACAAAAGUUGAAUAAUACACUUCUAGAGACCAUAUAUCACGAGACAUUUCUAAAAUCUAAUUUAGUUUUCUAAGAAGAAUGCUCAUCACACGUCAGUCUGCCGGUCUGACAUUUAUUUCUUUUGUAAAGAAGAACAUAACAUGGAUCUUCAGCGUUUUCUGCUUCCGGUCUGGUUUGCAGGAAACGGCUAAUGAUGUACUAAGGAAAAGAAUCGAUGUUGAAGUGCUCAUAUUAUGCUUUUUGGCUUUUUCCCUUUCCUUUAUUGUGUUAUAUAACUUUUUUGUGCACUCGAUGACAGGAUGUUGUCGAAAAAUAAAAAUAAAAAGCUUACAAACAAAAACCACAUUCUGAGACAAUCCACGUACCAAAGCCAGAGGAACUGAACUUCUUUAAAUCCGAUGUUUCCCUUUAACAAGAGCUGUGUUAAAUCAGCACAAAGCCACAGACCAGAACGUCUUUUUGUCCCCACUUCAGUGACCGUUCCUAACUUUGGAAUCCAUCCCUGUGAAUCUGACCCGUUCAGUAACAGGACGCGAUGUGCGUGAAGGUCGAAAAGACCGGCGAUAUCUACCUCUCCACAGGACGACGCCACAGUUGCGUGACUCUGAAGCACGACAGAAGUGUGUGACUUGACGGAGGCCGCGCCACGCGGCACCGAGCCUUUUGGGUGUGCUUCCCAGCACUGUGACGGAUAUUCAACCGGACAACUUUGCCCCCCCGACCCCCUCCCAAAAGUUCCUGAAUUUUUUAAACAUUUGUAUUUAUUAUUAGUCAGUCAAGAGCGUGAUGUCCGCAUGUCUCUGUGUCUCUUAUGUCAUGUUGGCACUUGAGUGUUACUUCCCUUUCUGAGUCGGCUUGUCCUACAUAUUUCAGAAUGUCGUCGUUGUGAAUUAGGGCAUGGACAUGUCUAAUACAAAUCCAUUCAAAUAUAUUUCAGAUAAUUUAACUUAAUGUAUAUCUUAAAAACAAAUCUUAUAUCUAAAUACAAAUAUCUUAUUUAAUGUUGUGCUUUCGGAAAAUUUUUAUCUUGUAUGUGUGUGUGUGUGAAAUCUAAAUUUAUCAAGUGCCAAACACCUAAUUAAAGUGUUUACUUCUCUCUGUACCUUUUCCUGUUGUCUUUUCUAGUUGGUUUUUUUUUCCCCUCUCUGUGAGUCCUCUAAGUGCCAAACAGAUUACUGUCUGUAAUGAAGACGAGGCAGCACACUGCGCCACCGAAGCGCAAAACCGCGAUGCAGACUUUCAAAAUCAAAAAAAGACUCACAAUUCUCUCACCUCUUUCUCACGCUCGCAGCACCCACUCGUAUCUGAUUUGCAUGAAGCUUAUUUGCAUAUCGCACCGAUUCAUCUCUGAGAUCAGAUCGCGGGAUCACUGAUAAACUCUCGGUGCAGAGCGAGGGACAGAUGCCGAGCAACAAACGUGAUGUAAAAAUACUUCUUGUGGCGAGGAUAUCAUGCCCCGGUCUAAACAGGAUUUUAAGGAAGAGGGGAUA